AUGGCCACUUUGCAUGUCCGAGUUUUUGUGAUAGAAAAAUUAAAAAAGUUUACGGUGCCACCGGUGGCCAAGAGUUUGGAGCUUGGCACAGUCCGCAAGAUUUUGUGCAAAGCUCAAGGCAAUCCAGCUCCCAUCGUCCAAUGGGUCAAGGAAGGCUUGAAGCCGUUGCAGGUCUGGCCGCCACACAUCAUCGAAGACGUCAACGGAACGCUCAUUUUUCACGGAGUCCAGGACGACGAUGCCGGCCAAUACUCUUGCAUCGCCACCAAUUCUCAAGGGCUCAUCAGCGCUUCCAUCUUGAUCAACGUGACGAUGUCGCCACAUUUUACGUCGCUACCCAACAACAUCACGUUCGCCAAGGAAGGCACGAAAGUUGAACUGCAUUGCAGAGCGGAAGGUUACCCUGCCCCGACGAUUCAAUGGGAUCGAGCUUCCGUCAUGGGCGGAUUUACUUCUGAUCGAUUCUCUGUGGAUCGAAACGGGACGUUGACAAUACAAAAUGCCCAGCAAGAGGAUCAGGGAUUUUACGGAUGCACGGCUGGUAAUGCCGGAGGAUUUAAAAGGGCAGAGUUUCAAUUGGCGGUAAAAGGGAAAUAUUCGAAUUUUCAUUCAAUUGCAAAAGGUGAUUACGACGGUGCUGAAUCCAUCGCCAAGACUAUAAUAAUCACGUUAGGAGCGGCCGCUGCCUACAUCUUCUUGUCGGUUGGUUUGUUGAUUUGGUGUCGAUUGAGACGACGCCAAAGGAAAUUGCGAUCGCCUAAUGACGGCGGUGCUGGUGGUGCAGAAGCUCAACUCGACGUUCAAACAGCUUUACUGACAAAAGUAGAUGGUCGUCAGUCUCCGGCCAUUGACAAGUUAAAUGUUCCCAACUCCUCAAUCACUAAAGGAGCAUUACAAGGAAAAUGCCGGUUUGGAGAUAUCCUUGAAGGCUCCGUAACUGGUCUGAGUACAGCAGAAGGCAGCACUCGUGUUCUACUCAGGAUAUUGAGUACUCGAGACGAGGACCUGAACAUUGAAUUCCGCCGACAGGUGGAUAUGUUCCAUCGAGUCCGCCACGCCAAUUUGGUGGCCGUGCUGGGCUGCUGUCGGGACUCGCCCGACUUUCAAAUGAUUCUCAUGGAAUCCCACCCGUACAUCAAUCUGAAAUCGCAUUUGCUGUCGACUUCUUCUUCGUCUCAGCCGCCGUGGUCGGUCGCCCAAAUUCAAAGCGCCACAAUUCAGAUCGCUCGAGGAAUGAAUGCACUAGCCGAAGCCCGUUUCUUUCACCGUCGUGAUCUUGGCACGCGAAAUAUCCUGGUCGCAUUCCAUGGCACAGAUAAUACCAAGGUGUGUUUGAAGAUCGGCAGCUUCGGAAUGGACAAGGAGCCGUUCAACAACGAUUACUACGUCUACAAGCACCAGUCGAUCGCUCUGCGCUGGCUCCCGCACGAAUCAGCGUUGGAGGAUGAAUAUUCGACCAAUUCUGACGUGUGGAUGUUCGCCGUCACGAUCUGGGAGCUGCAUCACGCCGCCCAACGGCCUCUGUCCUACCGAUCGGACGAGGUUCUGCUGGCCGAUUUGAGGAAGAAAUGUGGCCAACACUGGGACGCUUCCUUCUGCAAAUCGAACGCCAUGUCCAGUUUACUUGUCAAGUGUUGGUCACACGACCCCAUUCUCAGACCGUCUUUGACGAACUGCUGGUUUGCGCUGAAUCUAAUAGCAAUAACGCAACGCCAUCAACCAGCAACGACGAAUCUAAAACCCGCUGAAGAUUUACUAUGA